ACCGACUCGUCCUACUGUUGCAAUGCCUUGUCUGCUAUGCCCGUCUCUUUCGUGCUGCCUCCUCCUCCUCCUCCUCCUCCUCCAUCCCUUUCCAUUAGCUUCCAGUUCUACAUCUAAGGGAGAUACAGUGGUCAUAACCAGCAGUGGCCCUAUUAAGGGCAAGCAGUUCCUGGCUGGCCUUAGAUCUGUGACAGCCUAUCUAGGCAUUCCUUAUGCUGAGCCUCCCCUGGGGAAGUUGCGUUUCCAGAAACCUCUUCCACAUCAGCCAUGGAAGCAAACAUUGGAAGCCACCAGUUUUGGCAAUUCCUGUUCUCAAUUUAUUUUCCUGGAAGACCCUGAAGCAGAGAUAUGGUCUCCUAAAACACCACUGUCAGAAGAUUGCCUUUCCCUCAACAUCUGGGUGCCACACCCACAACCUUCUUCACCAGUCCCUGUUUUGGUCUGGAUACACGGAGGGGGAUAUUUAGGAGGUACGUCUUCUGUGGAGGUGUUCAAUGGGUCAUCUUUGGCUGCCACUGAGAACAUCAUUGUAGUCACCAUCAAUUAUCGCUUGGGAUCCAUGGGCUUUCUGUACUUGCCACCAGCUGCUCCAGGGAACCUAGGCUUAUGGGACCAACAGCUGGCCCUGAAGUGGAUAAAAGAGAAUGCAGCUGCCUUUGGGGGAGAUCCUUCUCGGGUGACCAUUUUUGGCCAGAGUGCUGGAGGAGCUUCUGUGAAUUUCCAUCUUCUUGCGCCAAAAAGCCAGGACCUUUUUGCCCAAGCAGUGAUCCAGAGUGGAACAGCCAAUGCCUUCUGGGCUUGGAGGUCUCCUGAAGAAGCCAAACAAAAAGCACUGGAAUUUGUUCAUCUGCUAGGUUGCUCUGAGGACAACAAUACCAGCAUAGUGCAUUGUCUGCAAACAAAAAAUGUUUCUGAACUUAUUCGGCAUGAAAUAUCUCUGUUCUUAAAAGGUAAACUUGUAAAUUUUCCCUUCAGGCCAACCACAGAUGGGGAGUUUUUGCUUGGUGAACCAGAAAAGCUCAUGGAGGAAGGGCAAAUUCAGGUCAAACCAGUCCUCAUAGGUGAAACCUCUGAUGAAAUGGCCAUAUUUGUCCACUUUUUUUUCCCUAACAUCACCGACAAUCUCAUCAAUCAGGAGCAGCUUCUGAAAGGGAUACAGCUGUUGGUGCCAAAUGCAACUGAAGAUUUUAUUCAGACUAUUGCACUCAAGUACAGUGAAGGAAAUCACGGCCCAGAGAAAUACCGCUCCGCUCUGUCCCACUUCUAUACAGAUCGGAUCUUUGCAUGCCCAAUAAGGGAAGCUGCAGGAAAUAUCAGGAAAACUGGGAGUCCAGUAUAUGCCUAUUUAUUCGCAUCGCCUUCAUGGUCAGUUUGGCCUGAAUGGAUUGGAGCAUCUCACGGUGCUGAGAUUCCUUUUGUUUUUGGAACCCUUAAAUCAGCGCUGCCUUUCAAUCGAACAUUCACAGAGGCUGAAGCCAGGCUGAGCCGUAAGAUGAUGCACUACUGGGCAGAGUUUGCCAGAACUGGGCAACCAUUCAAGAAUAAGUGGCCACUCUAUAAUGCCAAAGAACAGAAUCUCUUCCUUCUUAACACAGAGCCAUUCCAGGAAAGAGUGAUAGAACACUGUGAUUUUUUAAAGAGGCUUUUUUCAAAGGCUGAAGAGACACAGGUGUCCCAAUGUGAUUUUCUUUCAUCAGACUAAGAAGAAGACAGAAGGAAUCAAUCCAGACUUCUCUUUAAAGCCUGGGGAAAUGAUGACAAGCUGCACCAGAGAACCUUCCAGAAGCAUCCAUUGUCCUUUCAGGCUGGUGGGAAGUUGGAAGACAAAUAAGGAUACAACUAAAACCCACAUCACUUUUGCUGUUAAAAUAAUAAAUUGCUAGGAGUAAUUUGUUAUAUCUUGAUUUGAGACAGGCUUUUAAUUAAUCCUGCUCCCUCAAAAAGAACAUCUUAAUAAAUACUGUCUGAAUUCUUAGGAUAAAAUCCUUUUAUUUUCACAA